AUGGCGAACGAGACUGGGGAUGACGUGACGCCCAGCAAUGACCGAGUGCUGUCUGAGGCUGGGGAUGGCGCGGCGGUGCUGAGGCAGCAAGCACCGGUCGGUGACGCGAAAGAGGAGAUGGCGUACGGAGACGGUGUCACGGUGCCGAUGGCGGCAAAUUUGGGCGGUGACGCGACGGACGACGGUGUCGCGAGCGUACAGAGCGCGCGGGAGUCGGCGGUAUGGCCAGUAAUCGCGAGUGUGAUGACGGACGGGACCUGUUGGUGGCGCGUGGCUACGCGGGUGCUGGCGUGA